AUGAAGACUACUCUCCUCCUCAGCAGUGCGCUCGGCGCAUCAGCAUUUCCAUUCCUCAACAACCCAGAGGCUAUGAGUGCAGCCCUUGCCACCACUGAUAUUGGCAAUGUGCUUCGCGACAUCCAACACAGCCCAGAGAAGCGUAGUCUCAUGACCCGUCAAGACUACCUUGGCAUCUCCAAAGGAGAGAGCAACUGCGGUACCAGAGUAUGCCCGACCUUCGAUGAGAAGGGUAUGUUGAGCCACCACAACACGACAAGACCACUACUCACACGCCUCGCAGAUCAGCUUGUGUCCGUAAGCGGCGAGAACGUGUGGAAGGCACCAGGCACCGGUGAUAUUCGAGGCCCAUGCCCCGGACUCAACGCGGCUGCGAACCAUGGCUAUCUUCCACGCGAUGGCAUAGCCUCCAUUGAAGAGACCGUAUCAGGACUCGGUGCAGCCUACAACCUCGGUCCGGUGAUAUCUGCAGUUCUGGCCGCCUACGCCAUUGCCACCACUGGCAACUUGGUUCAAGGCGUCUGGUCGAUCGGAGGCCCACUCCCUACAGAUCUGCUCACAGGAGACCUACUCGGCACGGGCCAAGGCCUCAGCUACUCCCACAACAUCUACGAAGGCGACUCUUCCAUCGGUCGCGGCGACGCCUACAUCAACAACGGCGACGCCCACUCCCUCAACAUCACCCGCUUCGAGCAGGUCUACAACAUCGCCGUAGACGAUGGCUCCGACCGUUACACCAUCGACAAGUUCCGCGCCAAGUUCGAGGAGGCGCAAGAUGAGUCGAUUGCAAACAACCCAUACUACUUCACCGGCGCUUUCUCCACCGUCGUCGUCGUGCCAGCUGCGUACAACUUCGUCAUCAACCUCAUGAGCAACCAUAGCAAGGAGGUACCAGGCGGUUACCUCGAUGGCUACAAUUUCAAGUCGUUCUUCGGUGUCACCGGGGAACCAGGGAACUUCGUAUGGCAGAAAGGUCAAGAGCGCAUCCCUGAGGCCUGGUACCGCCGCCCAUCUUACGCCCCAUACGAUGCUUCUGACGUCAUUGGUGAUGUCGCCAUCGGAUACCUCGCAUACCCAAACACCCUCAAGUUCGGCGGCAACACCGGUACCGUCAACUCAUUCACUGGUCUCAACGUUGCCAACUUGUCCGGGGGCGUCUUCAGCGCCGAGACGCUGUUCAACGAUAACAACUUUGCUUGCUUCAGCUUCCAGCUGUUGCAGAACGUCAUCCCGGACUUCUUGAACAAGCCCCUCAAUGCCUUGGGCCCGAUCACGAGUGCGCUGAACAAGGCUCUUGCGCCACUCACUGGUGGUCUCAGCUGCCCUCAGCUCGGAAGCUUGGAUGUUGGUGUUUUUGACCAGUUCCCUGGAUACAAGUACCAGCCAAAUGGACCAGCGACGAACUACAAGGCUUAG